AUGGGGCAAUCCGAAAGCAAAAAGCCCGAAGACUCGUUUUCUGUCAACUCACGCGUUAUCCGUCAAGAGGUUUUCAUUGCGUUUUACAGCCAAUUUUUCCCGACUUGAAAGCCGAGAUGGGUAGAUUGAAAAGGGUGAAGCGUUGCGUGUGCGACGCGGCUUUUGAUUGAAAACUGGAAGUGGAAUGUAAUCACUACGGAAUGUAGAAAAAAAAGGUUUCAUUAUUUUUAUAAUUUUAUUCGUUCAAUUUGAUCUUUUCAAACCCAUGAAAAAUGACAAUUCAUUAAAAAACUCCCGAAAAGGGAGAAAAGAGGGCGGCUCGUUUUUGGCCUUGAGUUCCCGCCGAAAGCCGCGUCGCACACGCAACGCCUCACCCUUGCAAAAAAAUAUCAAGUCGAGAAGGAUUUGCUAUUUAUAUAGGUUUUUUCAAGUAAUUCUAAUAAUAUGGACCUUUUCAAAGAAUAGAAAUGUAAUCUCAGAUCGCUCAACACCCCGUGGUUUUGUAUACGAAAGACAACUGCGGUUACUGUGUUCAAGCCAAGAACGAUUUGUAUGAAGCUGGCAUCAAGUAUACAGAAAAGGUUGUUAAUGAGAAAGUAGAAAAAAAUGGAAUGUCUUCUGUUUCUGAAACUUCCGAAAAAAUGAUAAGAAAAAAAUGAAACGGUUCAGGAUUUUGAUAAUAAACAAUCCAAUUAAAAUAUAUCGAUUUUUGAGUACCGACUUUGCACUGAAUAUUUUUUUAACUUCAAUAAGGUAGGAGAUUUUUACAGCAGUUUUGUCAUGGAAGUUUGUAACUUUUUUUAUGUAUUUCAAUCAGAAGUUUUCAUAAGUCAUCGAAAUUGGUUUCGCAUGUGUGACACUAAAAUAGUAAAGGCUUUUAUCAUUUUUUCUUGUUGAAAUAAAUUUCUAAAUCCGGAUUCUAUUUGUGAAAUGAAAAAUUUACUAAUAUUCUGUCACCUAAUUGAGACUACUACGCUUAAUUAGAAUUUAAAAAAAACCUAGACACUAGAGCGACCAGAGUGUGGGCGGAGCUUGACGGCCUGUACACCGGGCGAGGUUUUCUUUUCAAUAAUAACCUCUAACCACACUGUUUCCCCAUCGUUUGAAAAUAAUAAAGAUCUCAUUUCUCUGCAGAACCUGGAUACGAUUGCUGCGGUUCAAGAAGACAAGACGGUUGUUAAAGAGUACCUACAGAGCCUGAUUGACCUGACCCGCCAGAAAACCGUCCCGCAAAUUUUCGUCUGUGGAAAGUAGGAAGUCUCAACACAAUGAACUGGGAUUGUACUAUAAUGUGUCCACGAGUAUACCUCUCAAAAUGGACCGUGCCUAUUCAAUUAUAAGUCCGUGAGACCUACAGCUCGGGCAAAGUCAGAAUGGUGGAUAAUGGUCGCUAAAAAAGGCUCAAAAAAGGUUGCAUAAAUGCAGCGAAAAAAACGUUCGCAAAAAUAAUUGCUUUAAAAAAAUCCGCAUUCUCCGUGGUAAUAAAUAAGUUUCUGGUUAUCUGACCAGUUCAGUUAAAACAACGAAAUAACUUGGACGUUGGUAACACGAAACGGACGUGCUCCGGACGUUUCAAGGAAUCACUUAAGAGUGCGGAGGCUACUAAAGUGGACUCUAGAAAUGCCCCGACACGUCCGAUUCGCGUCUCAUUCGCGUUAUCAAGGUCCGAGAAGCUUCAAAAACCUUCUUGGAGCGCUUCUGACGAUAAAUCUUAAUUCAAUAGAAAAUUUUUGAAAUGGCAUUUCGAACGGUCUAACAAUGGCCGAAAAUUUUUAAAGUGACAUUUCGAACAGUCAAAAACCAUGUCACUCUGAAGGGACAUGUUGAAAUUUUGAAACUCCAACCGUUCGACCAAUGAACAUUUAUUAAGACAUGUUGAAAAAAUAUUGGUCAAACGCUCAAUUUUCGAAACUCUAAUAGAGACCACUUGAGCCUUAUGAACUUAGACAUAAGGAACUUAGACCUAAACCCUUAUAGGGGCCACCUAAAGUUUAACCAUUUAGUGGGAAUUUUUUUUUUAUAGGAGCUGAUUUUAUAUAGGUAUAGGUACCUCUUUGAAAAAAAUUCUCCUUUUUCAUCAAGUAUCGUUGAACAAUAUUUAUUAAAUUUUUAGAAUAAUAACAAACCUUUAUCAUUUGAACGAGUUCCAGGUUCAUCGGUGGCUAUUCGGAGCUGAAAGCCCUGAAUCCGAAACUUAUGAGCCUUCUCGAGCAGUGCUCUACGGACAAUGGCGAAACUCUGACACGCGAGAUUGCCGCCAAGCUGUAA